CGCGUGAGCAAGUAAAUCUUCUCCGUUGACAUCCCUCUAUAUACUCCUUGCGAAACGGAAGAAGCAAAAGAAGAAGAAAGGAUAUGGAAAAAGGAGAAACAGUUUCGUCGUGUCGUUACUCUGACAUUCGUACUUGCCUCGCUUCGUGUCACGUGGUCAAUAGUGAGAGCUUGUAUUCGGGCCGAGGUAUCGAACUCGAAACAAAACGCUAACGCAGUACGACUCGGCAGUUACGUGCUCUAUGCGUUUCGAUAUCGAUACGCAUUUACCGUCGUUAUGUUGUUAUACUUGCGUUCGAAAAUUGAAUUCUUCCCGCGCUGACGGGGGCGACGCUGCGAAGAACAAUUGCUAACCAAAAUGACGAUCACGGAUAAACAAAGUGCAAGUUUGUUGUGAGUUUACGAUUAUAUGUUAUAAUAUAGAGAUAUCCCACGUGUACUAUACGUCGAGUACCUACGAUAUAUUAGCGUGCGAAAAAAGUGCUUCACGUUGACAGCGAAAGAAGUUGGUUAAGAAAAUCGUGUCGCGAGACGUAUACGUGCGCAGCAGUGUAGAACUUAUAUAUACCAUAUGUAUAUGUAUAUGUAUAUGUAACGGUGGAUGAAAAGCUAAUACCCUGAAUUAAAAUAGUGAUGCAGUGCCGUAUCAUCGCGUGUGCACAGUGCUUCGUGCCUAUUCCUUGGAUUACUUGAAGAUGUCUUCGUCGGUGGGAUAUUAUGACGAUAGGAAUCCGCUCCUCAAAGGCACCUUAUCAAGCGUGGAGCGGGACCGGCUUCGGGAGCGCGAGCGACAAGCACGCGCAGCGAUGUCGGUCCAAGCUGAACAAGCGGCUGCUGGGGGUGGCCCGGAUCCCCAUCAUCAUCAUGGGCAUCACCAUCACAGCUCCAACACGAACUCGGCCUCCUCGCUCUUCCCCAGAGCACCAGUCAGGGUUAACCACCCCGAGGAUCCGGCGGCCCGACACGUGCAGGAAACGCUGGGUGAUUUCUACCUGGUAAAACACCUCCUUGACGACUCUAAGAGGCUGAUAGGAAUCGAGGGCGUGCCACGGGUCGAAGGUGCUCCGAAUGCCGGGACUCUGGUUCAGCGGAAGCCGAUGACUCAAGAGUUCAAAAAGCCCGGAGGACCUCGUCCGAGUUCCGGCGGGACGCACGCCGCUCAAAACAGCGGUGGCUACGUAAAACCUGCUGACGGCAAACCCCCGUACAUGGGAAGGGGUGGCUACCCUGGACAACCCGUGAAGCACGGUGGUGGCAGCAACGAUCAUCGAAGUCACGGUCUUUUGCCCGCCAAGGGGCCUCCCAACCCUCUUCCCAGGGGCGCUGGCGGCGGUGGAAACGGAAGUAACGCGUCCGCUUCUGGUUCCGGAAGACUGCAGAACGCCGGCAGUCAUCUGUCGCGGUUACCGAUGGACAACGGCUCAAUGUCCCGGCUUUCUGCUUCUGAAAACGCCUCGGACGUGGAUCACAUUCUCAAGGAGAUGACAGUGCCUAUCACACCAUUGACAGCUAUCGCCCAAACUCCGCGGAAAGAGUUGGAAUCAAAAUUUACCUUCAACCCGUACAGCAUUCCCAAGCUGACCGAAGUUCCUCCGCCAGAGUCCUGCAAAACUCAGCGAGAACGACAUCCUUCGACGAGACCUGCGUCAGAUGUGGUGGUCGGUGACCUAAGCCUUUCCGAAGAUAGCGAAGAUGAAGGAAAUAAGGGCUCUUCACGGACGACGAGAGAUAACAGAAGUCCGCAUACGAAUCUUCCAGUCGAUCUCCUACCAGCAAUGACACCAGCACCCUUAGCGCCAAUGUCACCGCUAGACAAGUCCCCGACAGGAUCUUUACCACCUUCAAGAUCAGCGAGUCCUGCGCCCAACCAGAUGUCACCUUCGCAUCAAAUUGUACCUCAACGACCAUUGUCUCCAUCGCCAUUGAGUCCUCCCAGAAAAGAUUCGCCCAGCCUCAUAUCGCAGAGGCCUCCUAGUCCACCGGGUCAAGCACCUCCGAGCUCACCGAGCGCAAGUUCAAGUUCAGGUUCUGACACCAGCGUCACUGAUACUAGCGAUGAAUCCGAGGAUGAGAGAGAUCGACCUCCAGAGAAAGGUCCUUCUACUCCACCAUCGGUAUCGCCAAUACCCAAUGUGGAGGAACCGCUACCCACGGUUGAAGAGGCAAAACCUCCUAGAUGGAAUCUUGAAUCCUUCAUCAAUCGGAGUGCUGUACAUUCUAGUGAUCAGACUCAGGAAGCAAAACGUCUACAGGGUGAUGCAAGAAGAAAUGGUUCUCCGAACGAGCCUACCGGUAUCACGAGGCCAGGCCAUGACCCUGGAAGUGAUUGGCAGCUGAAUGAAGCAUUGGACAAACAUCACACGCCAUUGCUCAGUUCUUUGAGCGACAGCGAUCAUCAUUCCGAUAACGAAAAGAAGUCUGCUACUCAAGAAUCAGUUCGAUCACUGCAGCGUGAGAAAUCAAAGCCACUGAAAGGAAGAGGUCGGCCUAGAAAGACGGUGAAAAGUCACAAGGAGUCGCAUCAACUGUCCGAUAACGAGGGUGGGAACAAAAGUGGGCGUGGAAGGCCGCGUCUGACGAGUUCUAAGAAAAAACCAGUCUCAAAACCCACAGUGUCAACAAGGGAUGACGCUAGUAAUGCUGGAUCGCAAGGAGGUUCCAGCGACUCUGACAGCGAUCAUCGGAGUCCUCCGAGACAACCAGCCUCUCCCAUUUCAUUAGUCAAUAAACCCAGACGAAGAACUAGCGUGUCAUCUAGCGAGGAUGAAAGAGCACCAACUAAAGGAAGUGACUCGGAAGAUGAUAGCUUGUGGCACAGAUCUACCCUUAAAAAGAGACCCAGUGAUCGAGAGGGUUCGAUAAAGAGAAAUAGACUUUCCGAAUCGCCAAAGAAACCCGACAAGAAGAGAACAGUUAAUAAAAUGAAACCAAGUCGGAGACCUCGACUGUCAAAUACCACCGGAUGUCGAAAUGAUUCUGACAGCGAAGUCGAGGUUCAGAAGCCCAAAGUCGCCAGAGUACCCCCACGACCCAGGCCACCACCUACCAGAACGAGCUCACCAAAUAAUUCUGACAGCGACAUUAGUCCGGCGCCGAAAUUGCAAGAGGAGCGAGGAAAUGUUCAGGAUAAGAAGAAGAGCGAUACUUUGAGAAAAUUGUUCUCAUCUUCAGGCAAGGGGGGUGGAAAAGGUGGUGGCAAGGGUGGAAAAGGAGGCAAGGGUGGCGGAAAGUGUGGAAUUUACGUCGAGGAAUACUCAGUACCAACGCCAACUGGAGGAGAAAGUCCGUAUAAAAGGCCAUUGUCCCAAAUGUCAUUACCACCAUUGAAUUAUGUUCAUGGUCAUCCAAGCCUGAUGUGUCGAAUCACUUUGACUCGACUUUCGCACAUACCGCAGAAUUCUCGAGGACAGGAACUGAGACAGCGUACCGAACUUCCCGACACAAGGCCGGCUUCGAGAUUAGCCAGCCGUCUACCUCCUUCUCGACCACCGACUCCUGAAGAAGGAGAGAUAAUUGAUAUACCCCCCUCAGAUACAAGGACACGUAACAGUGAUGCUCCUAUGAAAUCGGAAAGUGUUGCUAAACAAAACCGUGUCAAAAUCGAACCGGUAUUAGUAGACAGUAAAAACAACAGUGCUUCGAAUACUAAUAGUAUCAGUGGUGGUUGUGUGAAUAAUAGUAGUGCAAGUGGGAGUGGUGGAAGUGUGCCUAAACGAAAACGUAACACUAGUUGCAGUUCGGUGUCUAGUUUGAGUACUGUUUGUUCUAUAGACUCUAAAGCAAAAACUUCCGAACAGAAGGAAAAGAAAAAGAGGAAACGAAAGCACACAGAGAAUCAGUGCAUAACGCCAAGACCGUCGUCCAGUCAGUGUGAUGUGCAGCCAACCAAUCACGAGCGGGAAGAAAAACCGAAUGGCAAUCUUCUGCCUCCGCCACCACCACCUCAACGAGUCUACUACUCCUACUUCCACCCUCAACACGACAUCUUGGAGGAUCAGGAUAGGGACCAGAACCAGUACCUGACAGAAGCAAAGCGGCUAAAGCACAGCGCUGACGAAGAGUGCGAGCUGACUGCGCAAUGCAUGCAAUACUUGGAGGCUGUAUUGUACUUUUUACUUACCGGCCAUGCAAUGGAAUCAGACCCUGUUACUGAACGUGCCGCAUUUACCAUGUACAGGGACACACUUAGCUUAAUAAAGUACAUUUCUUCCAAGUUCAAAAGUCAACAGAACAAAUCUCCCGAGAGCAGUAUCCAUAACAAAUUGGCUGUUUUGAGCCUGUGGUGCCAGUCUCUUUUGUACUACAAGUUAUUCAAGAUGCGCAAGCACGAGGUAAAGGAAUGUGAAAAAAUACUAGCGGAAUACCAUCAGAAGCCCACACAACCUACGUUAGUACAACCGGAAGGUCAAGGUACGCCUUCACCUCUGUCGCCAACUCCAUCUCCUGCUGGUUCAGUCGGUUCGGUUGGUAGCCAAAGCUCAGGUUACAGCAGCGGCGAGUUGGCCAACAGGGGGGCGGUAUCCGGACAAGCGCAAGGAGCUCCUUACGUAAGCGUCCCUCUAAGUGUUCAUAACGCAAUGCAAAAGCAGAACCAACACUUCAAUUUUCUGAUGAACUGCCACGAACUAUGGGAUCAAGCCAAUUCUUUGGUCACAGACAAGCAUAGAGAUUUUUUCAUCGAGCUGGACGAACAGAGAGGUCCUUUGACUUUGAAAAGUUCUCUCCGUGACUUGGUGCGUUAUGUACAGGCUGGAAUAAAGAAGCUUCGUGCUCUCUGACCCCAGUGGCACAGCCCCCGACCACCCACCCCUAAUUACGUGACUUCUCUUCCACACAACAUGGCUACAUAUCCUACUAUGCUCACAUAGUGAGCUCUGGGAAUCGCCAAGCACAAGAGGAGUCACCUAUUGAUUUUGGCAAAGUACAAAACUGUAACUGCGUAAGUCGGGUAAGAUAUCGAAAGGUACGAUUGGUACACCGGAAAGCCGUUAUCUGAGGCAUAUUUAUGAAAAAACAUAACGUGGACGUUGAGUGAAAAGAAAAGGAAAUAGUUUGUUCCAUGUAAUUUUGUACAUAGAAAUUAGUAGUUUGUAAAUUUGAAAGUUAAUGAAGUAUGAUUUACGUAUUUCUAAAAAUUGUUAUAUAUACACGUAAAUGUAUAGACCUACCCAUUUUUAUAAAUUUUUACCGUCUGACUUUCUGUAGUGGAAAAUCGGUAUCCAGUUGGAAAGCUAUUGACAUAUCGAAUCGAUUAGAUUUUCAAAAGAAUUCUCGUGCGUUUGUUUUUUAAUUUUAAUUUAAUUCAUGGAAGUAACUCGACGUCCACGUUAUCGAAUGGAAAGAAUUGUUAAAUACGAUUUCAUUUUCGUGUGCUAUAAAGGUUGCGCCGUAUCGAGAUCAAGGAAUGUAUGUUUUUGUAUGUUUUGGACACCUUUGUAAAAUCUAGAGAGAAAAGUAUAUCGUACUUUUGCCGCUAAACGCAUAGUUAUACUUAGCCAGUGGGAAUUUCGUAUAUUGGGAUGGUAGAAAUGGGUUGUCAGGGAUAACUUGACGAUAUGAGUAUUUAUUCCAUAAGGUACAAGAAUAUAUUGAAAUUGCAGGCAUAAUCACUCAACAAUUUUAGUAAGACAGAAUAAAAGAAGUUAAUACUUACGUGUAAGAGAUUUAAUCACUAAAAACGCACGUAAAAAAAGAAGGUCGCGUUUUAAAAUAAAACUAAAAACAAAAACGCGAUAUAUCGUGAAUUAGCUAUACUGCAAUUUUAAGCAUUUCGAAGACAGGAAACGAAAACCGAGGAUCACACAAUCACAUCGUUCGCAUAGGGUAUUAUCUUACUUAGCAAAUAUAGUCAAUUCUUAUACAACCCUCUGAACGAUAAAACUUAAGAUCCUGCACACAGUGUGAGGAAACGAGAUGUUGUUUAUAAAAAAUCGUAACAAUAUUACCAAUGCCUUGGAGCAAUAGCAAUGUACUGUACCAUAUUAAGUAAAGUAUGUUACUUACUAUAGUAAAAGGACUGAGUGCCACACGAUGGAAUAUUAGAAAGAAAACGGAAAAAAUGAAGCAAACGAAAAAGAUACACUGAGAAAUUACCAAUCGUGAAUAAUAAACAAUAAUGAUAAUUUAUCUCUAUUUUCCGAGGUGUCCCGCUUUUGUAAAAUGUGCAUAGAUACAAUAAAUUGGCCACGGAAGUUUCAUGCGUUUCAAGAGAUAAAAUUAACGCAGGCUUACCUGAGCAUAUUUAAAGCAACAAUACACAACAAUGAUAUAGUUUAUUAUAUAUACACAACCGUAAAAUAACAAUAUUGUAAUAUUAUUAAUGAAGAUGACAAAGGAGAAGUAAAAAAGAAAAAUAAUUCUAUUGAUAAAUGAAAAAAUAACACAAUUUGUAGAUAAGUGAGGUUGUAGAUUAGUAUUAAUACGCAACAACACAUAUUAACUUACAUUAUCUAGAAUGUAUGGGGAGUAGUGGUUCUAGAAAAAAAUAUAUAUAUAUAUAAAUAAAUAAAAAAUACAUACAUAAAAACAUAGUUUAGGUAUACACGCGUACAUACAUAAUUACAUACACACAUGCAUACACCAACAAAAAAUACAUAAUAUGUAAGCAGCAUCGGGAAGAAGGAUUAUGAAUAAGUAAAGCAAGUUGCUCAUGUGUAUAUUUUUGUAAAUAGAUAUUGUGAGUGCCGCCGCCUUGAGGGCAGCCUGACUUUGUCUGGCUAGCCCGCCCCAUUUUGCUACCACACCUUACCGAAAUGUUCCAGGUUAUUUCUGGUAGACUGUCCACUAAUUGUGAGUUUUCAAGAAGAAUUUGAAAAUGAGAUUAAAUGAAUAUUAACAAACCACAGUGCAGAG